UUUUAGUUUGCUGUUGUUCUUAUCUCCCAGGAAUUUCGAACCAAGGUGUGACUUCCUCUGUUGCUCCUUGGUUGCUGUGCACGUGUAGUGUUCGUGGUGUUUGUGUGUGGGUGAUUGAAUGGGAAUUGCCAUUCAUUCGCUCAAUUAGGUUUGGGUUUUCACGGCUCUUUGGUUUCAUGUGAUGAAAUACGUAGCGGACAACUCGCUGGAAGAUCCAUUAAACCAAAGAGAGUCCUAUCAACCUGGACGAGCGCGUGGAUAACGAAGGACCGUGGUGUGUCAUAUUUAUAGUUGAAGAAUCUUCCCCGUUUGUAGUGAAGGCGUCUCAAUGCGAGGAAAACACAUGGCCAUAACAAGUGCAUAACCGAUAUGAACUCAGUUUGCAGUACAAGCAAUGAGCAUCCAGUCAAAAUGAAAGUGCCGCAUUUGAAGCGCUUGAAACGCCUUAGCCUGGGCGGUUUCAGUCAUUCUGGAUCCGUGUUUAUGCUGAAUAAUGAGGAUAGAGGCUCACAUGAGACUUUGGAAGGAAUCGGUAUUCUCGAAUAUCUCACGGAGAGUCGAGGCUUCUGGAAAUCUCGGACCGAGUUCAUCUUUGCCGGGAUCGCUUAUUGCGUGGGGGUGGGCAACAUCUGGAGGUUCCCACAGAAAGUGCUCAUUCAUGGUGAUGGUCUUUACCUUAUACCGUAUCUCGUGAUGCUGGCCGUCUUGGGAUUGCCCAUGGUUUACCUUGAGACCACCAUGGCGCAAUUCUCCAAAUCCAAUUUAGUGAAUGUGUGGCGAUGUUGUCCAAUCCUGAAGGGAGUUGGUAUUUCCAUGAUGACCAUGUGUACUUUGAUGCACACUUUUUAUCCGGUGAUCGUCACGUACGGUCUAAUUUAUGCGGCUUAUUCCGUCAGUUCCCUUUUGACUCAAGCCGAUGACCUCCCAUGGGUGGCGUGCCCAGGAGACUCGUGUGGGCCCAGAGCGUUCCUCAACAUCACUAAUCAAAGUCGAGCCGAGCUCUUUUGGGAAAAGUCCGUGAUCAUGAGGGAGGAUCUGACAACAUGGACCGAUUUGGGGUCCUUCUCUUUACCAGUGGCUGUCGGCUUGGUUCUGACUUGGUUCAUGGUGUUCUUCAGCGUUCGUAAUGGCUUGGAGUCCACCAAGAAAACUGUGUUCUUCAUUGUGCCCAUGACGAGCAUACUUUUGGUCACAUUGCUGAUCAGAGCACUGACUUUACCUGGCGCCAGCAUCGGACUUCAGAUGCUCAUCCCAUCUCAUUUCGAGAAGUUGGCCGAUCAGGCCAUUUGGAAAGAUGCUACGGAUCAAGUGAUGUUUUCAUUAGGUAUCGCUUACGGAGGGAUCAUAGUCUUGAGCUCGUACAACUCGUUCCACAACUCCACCCACCAAGACUGUGUUCUGAUUUGCUUGGUGGACACCGGAGUCUCCUUGAUAACCACAGUGAUUAUGUAUUGUGUUAUGGGCACCUACGCCCUUGAGACCGGUACCACUUUCGGCGAGACCGUGAAAAAGAAUUCCGGCACCCCUUUCGUGGCCUUUUCGGAGGCCUUAUCCCGAAUGGUAUUUCCUGCAGUCUGGUCAGUUCUGUUCUUCACGAUGUUGUUCUUGGUGGGUUUGGCCUCGAGCUUCCAAACCGUCCUGGCCAACCUAACUACUUUGAAAGAAUGCUGGCCUUCUCUCAACCACCCUAAAGUUCCUCUCACAGCCAUUGCGUGCACGGGUCUGUUCUUACUUGGACUUCCAUUGACCACUUCACGAGGCUCCAAUCUUGUGGGCGUCAUUGACUUUUAUGGUGUUGGGUUUCCCAUCCUGGUGUUGGCUUUUAUCGAAACCAUGGGAUUCUGCUACAUUUACGGCAUUCCAAACAUAUUGAGUGAUAUCCGGAUGAUGGAGGGUGACAAGGCCGGGGAUAGCCUUUACUAUCGAAUCACCUGGUUCUUCCUGCCAAUUUACUGUCUAGUGGUCAUCGUCCUGUACAUCGUCAAUUGGAAGCAUCCAGUCUUCGAACAGGACCAAGAAUACCCGCAAUGGACCGUGUGGUUUGGGUUCAGUGUCCUUUUCCUGACCUUCAGUCCAACGGUUGGUUGGAUAAUGUGGGUGGUGGGUUCAACCUUGGUGAAAGGUGGGUCGUUGCGAGACACUCUUCGACCUGAAGGAACGUGGAGUCCGGCUUUGGGUCGAGGCUGUUGUGAUGGAUGCUUGGCAAACUAUCGCUUGCGGAAACUCGACCUUGAGUCCCUUUCAAACAUGGACCUUUGCCGACAAAGAGGAGCCUUGUGCGUGUCUUUAGAACAAACGGGCUUUGACCAGCCCAACUCUCUUCCUAGUUUGUGACAUGCUUCUGACUUGGCUCACCGAAGAACUAUCCAUUGUAAGCGACAUUAUAGAGACAGAACGAAAAGAAAGAAGGCAAUUCAAGCAAAAAGACUGAAGCAAACUUGGAGCAUGUUGUAGCAUCCUUGAAAAGCGCGUCUAAAGUUCCUGACUAAGAAUCAAACCCCAAGCACGACAUGUGCGUUCUUAAUCCGUGUGUCAUAGCUCAUAUCGUCUAGUUAGAGAAGCGGAAAAGUUUUAACAAACAUAGGAGACUUAAAAACAAAGUUCUAUGCCCAAAACUCUUGCUGGAUCAACUCAAGGCUCGUGUAAGUCCGUGGCUAUUUCUACUUACAUCUCGGGCCAUGAAUUGAUCAUCCGUGAGGAAGUGGAAGAUGUUAUAGACCGCAUUGUAUGUAGCACACAGUUUGGGUAUGUGACGACAAUGUCGUUGGCUGUGCAUGCAAUCCGGAAAGAGGUCUCCAUUAUGGUAAUAGCGUGAGCAAAGGUACAGCAACUCCUUCGUGUACUGAACAUCUUCAGGCUGGAAAUAGAUGAAGAAAAUGUCCGGGUUUACCCACCAAGUCAGACAAUUCCAGAGACAAGGCCCAAUCUUACCGUGAUGCCAAAGCAAGAGCUACGGUUGUUGAGAAGGGCAAUGUAUCCGCCCAAGUUCCAACCUGGACAGCAAUCCACUGGUCCCUGGGUCUCGCACAAGUCCUUGAAUUGAGGGGCGUCCCUCAAAUGGGUGGAUUCAACAGUGCACAUUGACAUGACAUUGUCAUGGGUGAAGAGAUCCCGUCCCCUGCAAAGAAAUAUAAUAAUCCAAUGAUUUGCUCACAUUUCAAACAUUUCAGUAUCGUCACCCUGACAUUUGACGAGUUACGAGUUAUGCGCAAGGUGCUCAAAUUGUGAAAUAAACUUUUCCCGCAUUUCAA